AUAUGGAGUAUGCACCGGCAUCAACUUCAUUACUCUGAUUCUGUAUUCAUAUCGAUCGUUUGCCCAACAUGUCGCAGACAGUAGGCAAGACCAAGUUGGCCUACAGCCGGACAUGGCAUCUCCUUGAUGUCGGCAGCGACUCUCGCUCCCUUGGCCGACUUGCCAGUCAAAUUGCCGUUGUUUUGAUGGGAAAGCACAAGCCGAUCUGGGACCCUAGUACUGAUUGCGGUGACUAUGUUGUGGCCACUGGAUGCCACGAUCUUCAUACAACCGGCAACAAGCGGUUUCAGAAGAAAUACUAUCGACACUCAACUCGACCCGGAAGCUUGAAGGAGAUCACCAUGGACAAAAUGUUCGCCAAAUGGGGCGGUGGUGAGGUUCUCAGAAAGGCUGUUCGGGGCAUGUUGCCGAAAAAUCGCCUGCGGGACGUACGAUUAGCAAGAUUAAAGACAUUUGAGGGAGUUUCUCACCCUUACAAGGAGAACAUUGUCAAAUUCGGUGGAAAGACGAAGAUUGCAGAGUUGCCCGAAGUCAAGGAGGCUUUGUUAAAAGCGAAAUCAAUAUAGUACUUCUAUACACCACUUCAUAUCUUUCUCGGCGUACUAUCAAGGCAUUUCCUUUAUGU